CUCUUCUCGGUGAUGGCCAUGGCGUGCCCACGCUCAUAGUGCGUUUCGUCGCGAAGUGCUGCUGCUGGUUGUCGCUGCCGCUGCAUUGUCCUGGAGCUUUGUGACCUGAUCUGGAAGCGUUCGAAUCCAGUUAUCAUGUUUUGGCAAUUUUUGAUGUAGGUUCGAGGGUCCUCAUGCGAGACUUAUUUUUUGAAAAGUAACCGUUAUUGCGCUUGCGGCAGGAACAAGUAAUGUCUCCUUUUGGUGCGGGAGUGGUUUAGGAACAGCUUCAGAGCUAUUGAUCCCUGAAGUAUGCCGCUUCUGUUAUUAAUCGCGCGAGCUCAAGAUAAAAUCAAUAGACGUUUACAUCUGGUUUUAAUCGCUGGCGAUUGUCAUGAGGCGUGUGGGCGCAUAACAGGGUAGAGCAGGGAUUAACACAUACUUCUCUCACAUUGGUAGCUCGGAGCUGCAUUCUUAGAAAAUGGCGCAGCAUAGCCUGCGAGGUUGGCAAAUAGAAAAACCUGCAUUUGCAAACCAGUGAAAUUGGAUGAAGUGAGCUCUUAUCGCGACGGAGAAGCGACGUACAAUUUAUGGUUUAUUUCUGCGAAGGUGGAAGCAGGAGUUUAAGCACUCUAAGGUCUUUGUGGGUUUUCAGCGAAUAGUGCAAUAUCCAGUGGGCAAACUGAACACAAGCAUCAUCCAGACUUUUGAGGGUUUUUUAGAAAUGAAAUCAGGUAGAAAUUCGAAUAUUAAGGUUUGAAGUGAUAGCGCAGCUGCAUUGCACUUCAAGGAAACCUCGCGGGCAUGACGUGUAUUCAGAUAACACCACUGCCUACCUGGAGUUCAACUUCUAUUAGUUAGGUAUGAACCUUGAUGUGUAGGAGACAGCGCUGGACGGGGCGUUCGUGGAGUAACAUUAGGCUGGAGUAGUCCACGCAGACAAACCUUGGAAGCAAGUGAGGAGAGUCACGAGUUCUUAGACAAUGGCGCCAGUGUUCGUUAUCCCGACUGCUCUACGGGACUUGGAGUCACCUGGAGAAAAUGGGGAGCGUCUCUGCGCGCAAGAGUUCACGGAUGUUGAGAAUUUUUCUGCUGGCGAGAUCAAUGAUCUUGUGAAAGGAGUGGCGUAUGCGCUGGCUGAGAAGGAGGUGUGCUGUAUUGAGGAGCAGUACAUAUUUGAUCAAGUUUACUCCCUUGUCAGGGGAUUUUCUUCCUUAGAUUCAUCCGCCAGAGGGAGCUUGGUCGAGAGCCUAUGUUCCAACUUUGCAGUGCUUAACCCUUCAAUUACGGCGCUUUCAUAUGCUUCGAAUGAAUCAAGCGAGGAUGCUGCGUAUAUGCUGCAGCAGAUGCAAUCGCACCGGAAUGCUCUCAAGAUCUACACUUACUUCUUGCACUCCAUUCUCGUUGUGGAGGAAGCUGCAGAGGUGGAGUCGGUGGCGAAACCUCCUCCAAAGGGUAAGAAGUCACAGCCUCGAAGAGCACAUGUACCUGCUAAGUGGAACUGGGAUGUCCACAGGAUGCGCAUUGUUCGCCUUCUUGCCACUGCAUUGCAAUUAGAUUUGCGACAGCUUUACUCAAUGGCACAACCUGAGGACGAUUUGAUCGCCUUUUUUUCCAAAGCUGCUUUUUCACUGCUGGAGAAACCAGCGUACGUGAAGGAGAAGGAUUUAAAAGAUGCCUUGUGCAACAUCGUUGCAGCCUGUGCAGCCAAAUAUGAUUAUGUCGUACCUGUUACUUCUACUAUCUUGAAUCUUCUCCACAAGCAUGAGCAUUUAUCAGUUUAUCUCGCAGAGGUCGUUGCCCUUGCCGAGGAAAAGUAUCACAAUAGUAGUCUGCCUGUAGCUGUUUUAAGAGAAAUCGGACACAUUGAUCCUGAUGACUUCAAGCGCGAUAACUCUGGAGCAGAUAGUGUAAGCUCUUUCUUAGUGGCAAUGGCAGAGCGGUUGCCUAAGCUCAUGACCGUGAACCUUAGUAUCAUCACUCCGCAUCUAGACGGCGAAUCUUAUAAAAUGCGCAAUGGUAUUGUGCAAGUGAUUGGUACACUGAUCAUUAAGGCCUCCAAAGACCCUUCUGUGGAUGCCGUUGGAGAUGAGAUGGCCCGUCUCCGCAGCAAGCAGGGAAUGGUUGAUAUUCUCUUGGAGCGUGCUAGAGACAAAAGUUCCUACACUCGUAGUAAAGUCUUACAAACUUGGGCCAACCUUUGCGUGGAGAGUGCUGUUUCUAUUGGUCACUGGAAUCUGGUCGCCCAUGUUGCUGCUGGGAGGUUGGAAGAUAAAGGGGCUAUUGUGAGAAAGAGUGCACUUCAGUUGUUGACUACUUUACUCCAAUUCAAUCCCUUCGGUCCUAGUCUUCGAAUUGGCCCCUUCGAAGCUACACUUCAGCAGUACAAGGAAAAAUUAAAAGAAAUGGAACUGGCAUCCUCAACUGCGAAUGAGGCGGAAACUCACUUGGCUGAGGCAGAAGGCGGUUUGGACGGGAAAGUCCUUUCAGAAGAAGGGACUGCGGAUCCGGUUGAAAGCACCCCUGGCACGCAAUAUGUUGACUCAUCUCAGGUCGAGCCUUAUGCCCCUACUCCAGCAGAUAUUGGGGGACUCGAACAAACCAGAACACUCGUGGCUUCCCUUGAGUCGGGGUUGCAGUUCACUCGAUGUAUUGCAGGAGUUAUGGAUGUGCUUAAGCAGCUCCUUGCUUCGUCAUCUUCAGACGAUGUUAAGCAUGCAAUAACUCUCCUAAUACUAGCUCGCCAGUUUGAAAUUGAUGGUGCUGAAGAGAGUCUACGCACGAUGCUGCCUCUUGUCUUCUCUCAGGAGAAGAGUGUUUACGAAGCUGUUGAGGGAGCUUUCACCAGCCUCUAUAUGAAGCGAAGUCCAUCUGAAACAGCUCUGAAUCUGAUAACCCUUACGCUGGACGCAAGCAUCGGGGAUCUGGCUUCAAUUGAAGCGCUUGUAAGCAAGUUCACAACGAAAGGAGACAUCUCUCAUGGCACGGUGGCCGCCCUCUGGAACUGCUUCACGUUCAAUGCUCCUGAUAUUACACCACAGAAAAGCCGAGGCGCUCUAGUUAUUUUGUGCAUGGCCGCCAAGUCACAACCUCGUAUAAUUAACUCUCAUCUUCAAAGUGUGAUGGAUAUUGGACUGGGUCGACGUGCCAGAGAAGACCCUCUACUUGCAAGAUAUGCGUGCAUUGCGCUUCAGCGUCUUUCUGAUGAUGAUAGGGUUGGCCUUGGAUAUAAUCACAAGAUCUUCAGCAUCUUAUCCAGUUUGAUCAUAGGACCAGGUUUACCUGAGGAGGGCUGGUACUCCGCUGCAGAGCAAGCCAUUAAUGCAAUUUAUUAUCUUCAUCCCACUCCAGAGAAGUUCUGCUCAGGACUACUCUUUAAGUUCUGUAAGUCUGUGUUCGGUUCAAUCGAAAAGAAGCCAGAUGAAUCUUCGUCUCUUGAAGAUCCAACGACCUCCGAGGACAGAGUUUCUGGGAUUCCUGCAAGAGUGGAGUCGGAUAGACUUGGACCGAAGGCUUCUACCCUUAGCCGUUUCUUAUUCGUGUUGGCGCAUAUCGCUCUAAAGCACCUUGUUUAUGUUGAGUCCUGUGUUCGUAAAGUUCGAAAGGUAAGGGCUGACAAAGAGAAGGCCGCAGCAGAUGCGGCGGCUGAUUUGCAAGCUAGUGGCGACCUAAGUGCCUCUCAGGAAGCCAGUAUUAAAUCCAAGGUUGAGAGCAUCGAUGCGGAAUUGGGAUUAGCAGCUUCGGAAGAUGCGAGACUAGAUUCUCUAAUGGAGAAAACUGAAUUUGAGAUAAUUUCUGGUGAAAGCAAUCGAAAGUUUCUCAUUGGUGCUAUGGCUCCCAUUGUUGCCAAAAUUUGCCGUAAUUCGAGCCUCAUGCAGCAGUAUCCACGAUUGCGUACCUCGGCCAUGCUUGCUCUUUGCAAGCUCAUGGCUAUUAACGCAGAUUUCUGUGAUCAAAACUUACAACUACUCUUCACAGUGGCUCAAAGCUCAGGGGAAGCAGCAGUGCGCUCAAAUUGUAUUAUUGCCCUGGGCGAUUUGGCAUUUCGCUUUCCUAACGUUUUGGAGCCGUGGACUGAGCACAUGUAUUCUCGCCUGAAUGACAAAGAUCGAAAAGUUCGAAAAAAUGCAGUACUUGUUUUGACUCAUCUAAUCCUCAAUGACAUGGUCAAGGUGAAAGGGCACAUAAGCGAGAUGGUUUUGCGAUUGGAGGAUGAAGAUGAACGCAUUCAAAAUCUUGUGAAGCUCUUUUUUCAUGAGCUUUCGAACAAGGGAAAUAACCCCAUCUAUAAUUUGCUACCGGAAAUUCUCAGCCGACUUUCAAGUCAGAUGGAACUUCCGCAAGAGACAUUUCGCAAUGUCAUGCAGUUUCUUAUCAAUGCAAUCACUAAGGACAAGCAAAAGGAGGGGCUUUUUGAGAAAUUCUGCCAUCGUUUUCCCGGGACCUCCGAUGCGAAGCAAUGGAAGGACCUAUCUUAUUGCAUGUCGCAGCUCACAUACACGGACAAGAGCUUGAAGAGGAUGAUUGAACUAUUUCCGAAAUACCAGAACGCUCUUGGCGAAGAGGAGGUUGUUGAACACUUCAAAAGCAUUAUCGCCAAGGCAAAGAAAUUCGCAAAGCCAGAAGUAAAGGCACUUGCGGAUGACUUCGAAUUAAGAAUCUCCACUUUUCAUGAAGAGAGGAAGGAGCAUGACCUGGCUGUGCAGAAUGCUCAGGCUCACCAGAGCAAAUCUUAUGUUCGUACAGAUAAUCCUCAUGCUCAAGAUAGUGGUCUGAUUGGUGACCAAGACUGCGAAGAGGAAACUGAAGUGAAAAAUAUACGGACGCGUCGAGCGACAGCGCCAACAAACAAUUAUGAUGACAAAAGUGAGGACGACGUCACCACAGACGACGACAUUGAUGAAAAUCAAGAGUUAGAUUCUGUAGCUAAGGUAGUCAGAAGGAGGUCAUUGGAGACCCGUUCUGUGCUGGAUGUCGGAAGGAACGGCGAAGAGGCUCAGUCCUCAAGUGGCAGUGAAAUGUCAAUUGGUGCUGCAAGUGCAAGUGAUGAGGUUGGAAAUGGAAUUCAAAUCCAACAGGCUUCAAAUGGGGCUAACCUGCAACGUCCUGAGCGCAAGAGAUCAUCUAGAACCAGGAGUUCUCGCGAUGCACUUGAAGACAGCACCGAGGUUAACAACACAUACGAACCCAUCAACACAGAAGACCAUCGAUCACAGAAUUUGACUAAUACAGAGAAUUACCGUUCUCAAAAAUAUAUUGACACAGAAGAGUAUAGAUCUCAGCAAGAGCAUGACUCUUCCACCGACUCUGGUCUGUCUCAGGCCUCCCAGAAAUUAAGAGCGAGGCCGAAGAUGAAGACUCGCAGAGCUCAACGACUUCAAGAAAGUGAUGAAGAGGAAAGAGAGGAGUUGGUGCAACAAUCAGAAGAUUCAAAUACCCAGAUGCCUGAACCUCGUUUUAGAAGACUAGUACGCAAACAACAGGUGGAAAGCGAUGACGAUCAGGCUCAGCUAACUCAACAGACCGCUGAGACUGCCAUGGAAAUCUUGAAGCCUGUCGUUACUAGAAAGACUUGGAAACAGUCUGCGCAAGCCUCAGAAGCUGACGACUCAGAGAACAACUCACAAGACUCACGCGCACGUUCCACAAGGUCGCAACAUCAGAGUGUCGCAUCAAAGAAGCCCCAAACAACGAGGAGGAGACGGUCUCCUUUGGAAGAGCUUAGCUGAUUGAAAUUUCCACUUCACUUCAAUCACAGACCUGAUAGUUUGCGUAGCAAGUAUGUCGAGAUUAUAAGCAGUAGGAUUUCAUCUGUAAUUGUAGUCAGCGUUUGAGAAUUUUCUUUUGUUGAUUGCUUUCAAUUGCAGUUAGUGUGCUUUCCCGUGAUUAUUGGGAUAGGAUGGAUAGCAUACGCCAUUCAUGUAGUUUCUGCGACUCCUUGUCGCUUCUAUGUUUGUACACUAAUUUCCCUGCUCUGUACAGCACGGUUGGUUUAUCAACCUCAAAAGCACGUGUUCACUCGA